AUGGGCAUCGUAGAGAAGUUUCUUCCUAAAGAUGACCGCUUCGCGGCAUUGCUACUAUAUGGCAUGGUGUUUUCGACCUGUUUCAAUGGGUAUGAUGCUGGAAUCAUGACAGUCAUUUUGGCCGAUGAUCAGUUCAUCAGCUACUAUGGGAUCAACGCUGCGAAAUCCGGUCUGGUGGCUACGAUUCCUUGGGCCAUGACAGCUGUGGCUCAAAUAUACCUAGGAGGUACACUUGCUGCAUGGCUAGGACGCCUGUGGGCUUUGCGGAUUUCCAUCUGCAUCAUGAUCAUUGGAGUAAUCAUCGAGGUCGUUCCAAAUACCUUCGGCGUUUUGAUCUUGGGUCGACUUUUAACUGGUCUGGGAUUUGGCUGUGUUUAUAUCGCAAGCAAUCUCUAUGUUGCAGAAUGCGCGCCCACCAAGCUCAGAGGCAGUUUCGUCGGCACCGUCUCCCAGUUUGGCUACCAACUGGGUACUCUCAUUGCCUUCUGGGCUGGCUAUGGGAUGUCCUUCCACAAGCACCCUUACAACAUCGCAUGGCGUGUGUCAAAUAUUGUUCAAAUUCCUAUCGGAAUAGCCUUUAUCUUUGUCUCAUUCUUUUACCCUGAAAGCCCACGGUUUAUGUUGGAACGGUACCCUGAGACACCUGAGCGAGCUAUGAAGGUUCUAGCCCGGCUCAGAUCAGGCGCUCCCACGGAUGAGCGAAUUCGUGCCGAGUUCCAUGAGCUCGUUGCCUCUCAUGAGUUCCGUCAACGAUAUGAUCCGGGAUACAUUGGUCUACUCAAAGACAAAAAGAUGCGGAAACGUCUCGCAUAUGGCUUCUAUGCAGCAAGUCUUCAGCAGGUUGGCGGUAUUGCUGCACUCACCAUGUAUGCCACUCUCAUUUAUGAGAGUCUCGGAUGGAACUCCGGUUCGCAGGCACUGGCUAUCAACGGAAUCCAAUCUUGUCUUCAGCUGCUUAUUGUGCUGGUGAAUACUUUCACUGUAGAUCGAUUUGGUCGACGCAGUCUUUUGAUGGCCGGUUUCGCUAUCCAGACAGUGGCUCUGUUGAUCAUGGCUUCUCUCUGCACCGCAUUCCCUACCAAUGGAAACAGAUCCGCCGCCAUUGCGGAGGUCGCUAUGUUGUUCAUUGUUGGUUUGACCUAUUGCUGGUCCAAUGGUCCCAUUGCACCCGCCAUCGUUUCGGAGAUCUUCCCUCAACAUGUUCGAGACAAGGGGUUCGGCUUGUCAAUGCUCGGCCAGACAUGCUGGCUUAUCUUACUAACGCAAUCAUGGCCUUCCUUCAAUGAUAAAGUCGGAGGGAAGAGCUAUUGGCUGCUAUUUGUUCUUAAUAUGCUUGCCGGGCUUUCUGUCUUCUUUAUUCUCCCUGAGACCAAGGGAGUCUCCCUGGAGCGCAUGGAAAAAAUAUUCGGAGGGGUGGAUUAUGUCGAGGCAGGCGAGUGUGAAGGGGGAUCGGAGAAGAUCGAAGCUCGUGCGCUGGGAACUGAGAAUAUUAAUGAGAAGGCCCCUACCACUCAUAUAGAGGGUACCCCCGCCGUUGUGUCAGGACCGGAAAGAUCCCUGGCCUAA